AUGCGUUGUGAUAAAACACUGGAAGAUGAUGGAGAAAAAUCGGUAACAAUCGAAGAUGUUACCAAGGUACUAGAUGGUGAAGAUAACAAUGAAGCAUCAGAUGAAGAAGUAUGUGUUAAAACAGAAGAACUUGGCAAGAUAGUUGAGCUAGUUGAAACAGAAUCACUUGAUGAAGCGGAGGUUGCUAAAGUAGCUGAAACAGUUGAAGUUUGUGAAGAAAAAAAGCUUGAAGAUGGGAUAGAAGAUGCAAAUUCUGUAGAACUAGAAGAAACCUUGGAAAAAGAAGAAGCAAAUGCAAUUGUUGAUGAAAUACUACUAGUAGUGAACCCAGAGCUAGAAGUAAGACUGGUGACAAUAGAAGAAGAAGAGGUGGGCAAGCUACUUGAAGAAGUAGUUGUUGAAGUUGGGGUAACAGAUGAAGAUGUGGAAGAAGAAGUAGGCACCCUACUUGAAGAGGUUGUUGAGGUAGUUGUUGAAGUAGAAGAGGAAGAAGAUGAAGAAGAGGUUGUUGAGGUUGUAGUUGAAGUGGAAGUAACAGAAGAAGAAGAAGAGGUAGACAUACUACUGGAAGAAGUAGUAGUAGAGGAAGAAGAGGAAGAAGAAUAUGUAGGCAUGCUACUGGAAGAAGUAGUAGCCAAAGUAGAAGAGGUAACCAUGCUACUGGAAGAAGUAGUUGCUGAAGUAGAAGUGGAAGAAGAGGAAGAGAAAGAUGCAGACAUACUAUUGGAAGAAGUAGUUGUUGAAGUAGAAGUGGAAGAAGAAGAAGAAGAGGUAGGCAUGCUACUUGAAGAGGUGGUUGAGGUAGUUGUUGAAGAUGGUGUAACAGACGAAGUAGAGGAUGUAGUUGAUGUACUAGUCUUAACAUCACAAUCACUACAGUUAAUACCUUCGACAACAAUACCAGCAGAAGAUAAAUAUGCAUCCAAGGCAGGCAAAAUUCUAGUGGAAUACCAAGGGACACCAGUUAACAUCAUUUGA